UUGGGUGCCACCGGACCAACUGCUCAUGGUUGCAAAAGUUUGAGCUUUAUUAAUUUGAACUUUGAAGAGAUUUCAAAUGGCGUCAAUGGCGUCCUGUCAUACCUUAGCUACAUUAUCUUUUAUAAACCCGUUGCCAUCUCACAAAAACACAACCCCCAUUGCCAACCUUAAAUCCCAAGAAAGGACCUUACAAUCUUCACUGGUGGGCACAGCAAUAAUCAUUGGCAAAACAAUGAGCAGCAAGAUUGGAACAACAUCUAGCUCUGCUUCUGCUUCUUCUUUUUCUACUCUUCCUUCUGCUCUUCUCUUCGAUUGCGAUGGUGUGCUUGUCGACACGGAGAAGGACGGCCACCGGAUUUCUUUCAACAACACUUUCAAAGAGAAAGAAUUGGGUGUUACUUGGGAUGUCGAUUUAUUCGGCGAAUUGCUCAAGAUUGCAGGUGGAAAAGAAAGAAUGACAACCUAUUUUAACAACACGGGUUGGCCGGAAAAUGCUCCGAAGAGUGAAGAAGAAAGAAAAGCAUUCGUAGUUUCACUUCACAAGCGAAAGACAGAGUUGUUCUUGGCCCUUAUUGAGAAAAAGUCACUGCCGCUUCGGCCAGGGGUUGCAAAGCUGAUAGAUCAGGCUUUAGCAGAAGGAGUUAAGGUUGCCGUCUGCAGCGCUUCCAAUGAGAAGGCGGUCUCUGCAAUAGUUUCAAUCUUGCUGGGACCAGAACGGGCAGAAAAAAUCAAGAUAUUCGCCGGAGAAGUGGUUCCUCGCAAGAAGCCUGAUCCCGCUAUCUAUUUAUUGGCGGCUAACACUCUCGGCGUUGAUCCUUCAAGUUGUGUGGUAAUCGAGGACAGUGCUAUAGGCCUUGCAGCUGCCAAAGCUGCUGGAAUGAAGUGUGUCAUAACCAAGAGCGGAUACACAGUUGAUGAAGAUUUUCAGAAUGCAGAUGCAGUUUUUGACGUCAUCGGAGAUCCUCCAGAGGAGCGAUUUGACUUGGCAUUCUGCAGAAGCCUUCUCAAGCAAUCUGUGAGCUAGCCUAUACAUUCAGUUUCCGACGGGUUAAUUUCAUUCAAUGCCUGUCUUCCUUCUACAAUCUUUGGAUGGUGAUUACUGAUUAGGGUUUCAGCUAAGAUGAUAAAAGAGUGCUCGUGUGCAUUUGGUAGUAGUCUGGAUCUAUGUGCAUUUGGUAGUAGUCUGGAUCUAUGAGUACAAACCGGCUCUUCUCAAUCAAACUAUGUUUUCGUUUGUGAAUCUCUCGAUAGUGAAUUAUUACCAUUAAUCAUGAUUACCGUUUGAUGAAUAUAUUCACAAAUAGAAAUUAAUCAUAAUAUAGUUGUGCUACUCUACUUUCGAUAUUGAGACACAACUCAUUCGAACCUAUAAAUCACAUACAAUUUUACAAAUAUUGUACAACGGAAUUUGGAUUUUUGGUUGAAUGUUGUAUAGAAGUGCAAUAAUAAUAGCCGACCCCACUUAGUGGGAAAAGGCUUUGUUGUUGUUGUAUAGAAGUGCAGAAGUAACAGAAGCACUGGCUAUCACUUGAAGCUUUACAACCUCACUUUUCACUUCUCAUUCUGUCAAUUUGGUUCAAAGCUGGCCCAAGGAUGUUGUAAAGCACCCAAAGUAUAGCAGGAACAAUCGGAAUUAGGAGUGCGAGGACGCGCUUGUCACCUUCUCCAGUCGCCGCAGCCACUUCUGCAGCGAACGCAGAAUCACAGGAAAUCAAGGUGGAAACAACGGCGGAGAUGAUGGAAGUAAUGCUUGGAGUUGAUAGGAGACUUGAAGGAUGUGAAGCUUUUCGGUUGAUAUUUGAUGGAGGAAAAGGAAACAAUUUUCAUGGUUGGUUUGUAAGUGAUCAUGUUUUUGGAGGACUUGAAGGUGAAGCAUCUGUGGCUGAGCGCAGCCAUGGAAGUUCCUAUCGUUGCAGCCAUACAAGCUUUUUAGGUUUGGAGACUCCUAAAUGAGAACUUAUGGUAUAUAAACUGGUUGCAAUAGCAUUUCCUAGAAUCCACAUUCUUCUACACAAGAUCAGUAAGAUUUAUUGGAGAUUCUAGGCUCUCCCGGCCGAUUUUUUGCCCUCUUAGCACUCGCCACGUGAUUUGACGUGACUAGUGCAAAUGGGGAUGAGAUAUAUUUUCGGUUGUAUAUGAGAAUCUCUGACAUAAAACGGGAAUAUACAAAUGUGAUGGUGUUAUGGUGUCUCAAA